CCCGUGUGGUUUCUAGGUGAAAGAGGUAGGGCAUGGGACGCGGUGGGGUGGCUGUGACGUCACUGCAGUAUGCCACAACACUGCGCAGGUAAUAUUGAUCCGUGCGCGGAGGGUUGUCGGCGCACGGGGUGUCAGGGCGAGGGGUGUGCGUGAUCCGCGAUCGGGUUGGUAGAGUAAAGCGAGUGAGGACUCGGGGGUUCGCUUGGAGGAGGAUAUCGGCGAGGGAGCGAGGGAGCGGGGCAGUUUCGAGGCGACCAGCCGAGGGUGAGUGGCUUCGAUGGCUCGCGAAAGUGUCGAGGCGUGAGUCGCUCCCGCCCCGAAGAAGCCCGCAAUAUACUCGAUAAAAUUCGAUAAACGGAUCCUCGUCGCGAGUCCCGCAGGAUGCCGAAGCCGGUGCCCGUCGAGGACCUCGUCAUCCCGCCGCAGGACGGCCGGAUAUGCGGGACGAUAUGCAUCUGCCAGAUGACGGCGGUCCUCUCGUCGGUGGCCCUGGUCUACCUGACCGUCGCCAUAUACAUGCCGAGCACGAGGGCGUUCCAGUCGGGCAUCAGCGAGGUGCCGGUUAUGUGCACGACCACCAGGGCCGUCAACAAGGACGGCUGUGACUGGGGAAGCUGCGGCGAGUGGUGCCUCUCCAAGACCUCCGGUGCCUGCAUUCAGAUCUACGUCAACCUCAGGCGAAACGGGUCCAGCAUCGUCCUCGCCAACUGCACCAACACCGCGAACAAAACUUGCUACGGUAUCGACCAGGAGAACGCCAAGAAGUCGCGGUGCAUAGCAGACGAGUGCAGGAACCUCACCGGCACCUUCAACUGCACCAUGGGAAUGUGCAUAAACAUCACCGAUGCCUUCGAGUGCAUGUUCCACGACACCGAUCCGGCCCUCAAGUGCUCCGGGCGACGCGGCAAGAUCACGUGUAUCGACAUCGACGGCCUCUUCAGCUGCAAUCGUGGGACCUGCGAGCGCAUUAGGACGCCAUACAACUGCGACAGGCGUUGCGUCGACAUCCCGACGAGGAAUAAGAACAUGAUACUCCUCAGCGGGGACAAGGUUUAUCUCAGUCAGUGCGAACGAGCGAUCGACGUGGACACGGGAAGGGAGAUUUGGAACGAGGAACGGGGCGACGUCAUGAUGGCUUCGUGCUAUGGGAUCUACAACACCAGCACCGGCGUUGAGGCUGUGGAUUGCAUAAACGGGUCCGUAUUGGAGAAGAGCAUGCUCACCGACCUGACCAACUUCACCUACCUGUCCUACCUCAACGUCUUCGCGACGAAACCGCUGGACGAGACGAGGCAGGUGGCGCCACCCGAGCAGGACCUCCUCAUUGCCAACGAGAGCAGACUGCUGAUAAACCUCGAAGGGUGCGUCAACACAUUGAGGGACGAGUGCAAGGAGUUCCUCAGGGAGUACGGGAAGGACGGUACCGACCACAAUGCCAGGGCUCGGUUCCCCUGUUUCUACGCCGAGGGGAACACCGGGAUCGUUGUGUCCAGGUUCAACCUGGAGCGGACUUACAAGGAGUUCCUCAUCGCCUUUAUCCUGCCGAGUGUUCUCUUCAUUGUCAGCUGCCUCACCCUGAUCCUGUGUCAGCGAACCGUCGUCGUCGGUGACGAUGCGAAAAUGCGGUUCAAGGGAAAACCCGGCGCCGCUCUUACUUCACUUGAGAAGAGUGCUUCUGGAAAUUUGGGCGAUGCCGGGGGAGGCGAUUCCGUUAUGGCGCUCUGAGAUCCGGCACGCAUUCCCCUCCUGGAGGAGAGCCCGGCCCGUCAGUCGGUUUUCUCACUGCGUGGGCACUAUUAAGGUGUGGAUAUGGAGGGGAACGCGUGAUUGAAAUUCUGACCGUUGAUACGAAAACAAUAAUAUUAUCUAAUCGUUAAGAACAGAAAAACAAGAUAUUCGAAUAACGAGUUAAAUUUAAAGAAGUUGACAAAAAAAAAUAAAAUAAAAUAAAACAAAAAAAAAAACA